AUUUCAUUCAUUUGUAUAUGUGGCAGCCGCGGGUGUAGUUUGUUCGUCAUAUUUCUCCGAAAUAGCAAAACUUAUUGGACCCCAUUUUAUCUUAAUGUAGUAUUUAAAAAAAUAGUUGGUGAUUUCAAAGGGUCGCUUGUAGUCCGGUUCGGUUAAUUAAGGGCGUGGGUUUACGCAACGAUGGCGCAAAUAUUACCGAUACGUUUUCAGGAGCAUUUACAGCUCACAAAUGUGGGCAUCAAUCCAGCCUCCAUAUCGUUCAACACACUCACGAUGGAGUCGGACAAGUUCAUCUGUGUCCGUGAAAAAGUCGGUGAGACUGCGGAAGUAGUGAUCAUCGAUAUGGCUGACCCCACCAACCCCAUCCGUCGGCCAAUCAGUGCUGAUUCUGCCAUCAUGAAUCCGGCCAGCAAGGUCAUCGCUCUGAAGGGGAAAGCGGGGGUUGAAGCAGCUCAAAAGACCCUGCAAAUAUUCAACAUCGAGAUGAAAUCGAAGAUGAAGGCUCACACGAUGACCGAAGACAUCGUCUUUUGGAAGUGGAUCUCCCUGAACACCCUCGCUCUGGUCACCAAGAUGUCGGUGUACCAUUGGUCCAUGGAGGGAGAUUCCACUCCCGUAAAGAUGUUUGACAGGCAUGCGUCUCUUGCUGACUGCCAGAUCAUCAACUACAGGACCGAUCCGAAACAACAGUGGCUGCUGCUAGUUGGUAUCUCAGCCCAGCAGAACCGUGUGGUUGGCGCGAUGCAGCUCUAUUCAGUAGAGCGCAAGUGCUCACAGCCGAUCGAAGGCCACGCCGCCUCCUUCGCGACCUUCAAAGCUGAGGGUAACGCGGAACCCUCAACCCUCUUCUGUUUCGCCGUCAGAACCGCCCAGGGAGGCAAACUGCAUAUUAUUGAGGUGGGCCAAACACCAGCAGGGAACCAGCCAUUCCUCAAGAAAGCAGUGGACGUGUUCUUCCCAGCCGAGGCCCAGAACGACUUCCCCGUCGCCAUGCAGGUGUCCCCGAAAUAUGACGUCAUUUACCUCAUCACGAAAUACGGCUACAUUCACAUGUACGACAUUGAAACUGGUACCUGUAUCUACAUGAACAGGAUCUCUUCUGAUACCAUCUUUGUGACCGCUCCCCAUGAAGCCACUGGUGGAAUUAUUGGCGUAAACCGCAAAGGCCAAGUACUAUCAGUAACAGUAGAAGAAGACUCCAUUGUGCCCUACAUUAACACGGUGCUCCAGAACCCUGAACUCGCACUGCGUUUAGCUGUUCGCAACAACCUCGCGGGGGCUGAGGAACUGUUCGUUAGAAAGUUCAACAUGCUCUUUACCAACGGACAGUACGGAGAGGCUGCUAAGGUAGCAGCGAUGGCUCCCCGUGGCAUCCUCCGCACCCCGCAAACCAUCCAGCGCUUCCAGCAGGUCCCCACUCAGCCCGGACAGACAUCUCCACUGCUGCAGUACUUCGGAAUCCUGCUGGAUCAAGCGCAGCUAAACAAGUUCGAGUCACUUGAGCUCUGCCGUCCUGUGUUGCUGCAAGGUCGCAAGCAGCUCCUAGAAAAAUGGUUGAAAGAAGAGAAACUGGAAUGCUCUGAGGAGCUCGGAGACUUGGUAAAGCAGGUGGAUCCCACCCUCGCCCUGUCCGUCUACCUCCGCGCUAACGUGGCCAGCAAGGUCAUCCAGUGCUUCGCUGAGACUGGACAGUUCCAGAAGAUUGUGCUUUAUGCUAAGAAGGUGGGCUACACCCCAGACUACAUCUACCUCCUUCGUUCCGUAAUGCGAACGAACCCCGAGCAAGGCGCAGGUUUCGCCGGUAUGUUAGUAGCCGAGGAACCUCCCCUCGCAGACAUCAACCAGAUAGUGGAUGUGUUCAUGGAACAGAACAUGGUACAGCAAUGUACUGCCUUCUUAUUGGAUGCUCUCAAGAACAACCGGCCGGAGGAAGGACCGCUGCAGACUAGGUUGUUGGAAAUGAACCUAAUGUCGGCGCCCCAAGUAGCGGACGCGAUCCUGGGCAACGCGAUGUUCACGCACUACGACCGCGCGCACGUGGCGCAGCUCUGUGAGAAGGCCGGCCUGCUGCAGCGCGCGCUCGAGCACUACACCGACCUCUACGACAUCAAGAGGGCUGUGGUUCACACACACCUCCUCCCCGCUGACUGGCUGGUGACUUACUUUGGAAGCCUCUCCGUAGAAGAUUCCUUAGAAUGCCUCAAAGCGAUGCUUCAAGCGAACAUUCGCCAAAAUCUGCAAAUCUGCGUGCAAAUCGCCACAAAGUACCAUGAACAACUUACCACUAAAGCCCUCAUUGAGCUGUUCGAGAGCUUCAAGACGUAUGAAGGACUAUUCUACUUCCUGGGAUCCAUUGUCAACUUCAGCCAGGAUCCUGAAGUCCACUUCAAGUAUAUUCAGGCCGCCUGCAAGACCGGUCAGAUCAAGGAAGUAGAACGCAUCUGCCGCGAAUCAAACUGCUACAACGCUGAACGCGUGAAGAACUUCCUGAAGGAAGCCAAGCUGCCCGACCAGCUCCCUCUCAUCAUAGUGUGCGACCGGUUCGACUUCGUCCACGACCUCGUACUGUAUCUGUACAGAAACAGCCUGCAGAAGUACAUUGAGAUCUAUGUGCAGAAGGUGAACCCAUCCCGUCUCCCAGUGGUAGUAGGUGGUCUGCUAGACGUAGACUGUGCUGAGGAUAUCAUCAAGAACCUGAUCCUAGUCGUACGAGGACAGUUCUCCACUGAUGAGCUGGUCGCUGAGGUCGAGAAGAGGAACAGGUUGAAGCUGCUCCUCCCCUGGUUGGAGACCCGCGUCCACGAGGGCAGCAACGAGCCCGCCACACACAAUGCUCUGGCCAAGAUCUACAUCGACUCCAACAACAACCCUGAGAGAUUCCUUAAGGAGAACCAAUGGUACGACUCCCGCGUAGUAGGUCGUUACUGCGAGAAACGCGACCCGCACCUCGCCUGCGUGGCGUACGAGCGCGGACAGUGCGACCGGGAACUCAUCGCCGUCUGCAACGACAACUCUCUGUUCAAGACUCAGGCGCGGUACCUUGUCCGGCGGCGGGACCCUGACCUAUGGCUCGAAGUAUUGGCUGAAUCUAACCCCUUCAAGAGGCAGCUUAUCGACCAGGUGGUCCAAACAGCUCUCUCUGAAACGCAAGACCCAGAAGAUAUCUCGGUGACUGUAAAAGCAUUCAUGACUGCGGACCUGCCCAAUGAGUUGAUUGAGUUGUUAGAGAAGAUUGUGCUCGACAACUCUGUGUUCUCCGACCACAGGAACCUGCAGAACUUACUUAUUCUUACUGCAAUAAAGGCGGACCGCAGCCGUGUGAUGGAGUACAUCAACCGCCUCGACAACUACGAUGCGCCCGACAUCGCUAACAUCGCCAUCAAUAAUGAACUCUAUGAGGAAGCCUUCGCAAUCUUCAAGAAGUUUGAUGUCAAUACUUCUGCUAUUCAGGUGUUGAUAGAACAAGUGAAAGACCUGGAACGUGCGUACGAGUUCGCCGAGCGUUGCAAUGAGCCAGGUGUCUGGUCACAACUGGCCAAGGCACAGCUACAACAGGGACUCGUGAAGGAAGCCAUCGACUCAUACAUCAAGGCAGAUGACCCUUCAGCUUACAUGGAUGUAGUCGCCACUGCCACUAACAGGGAGUCCUGGGAGGAUCUCGUGCGGUAUUUGCAGAUGGCACGCAAGAAGGCGCGCGAAUCCUACAUCGAAUCAGAAUUGAUCUACGCAUACGCCCGCACUGGCCGUCUAGCAGACUUGGAAGAGUUCAUCUCGGGCCCCAACCACGCAGACAUACAGAAGAUUGGAGACCGAUGCUUCGACGACAAGAUGUACAACGCUGCCAAGCUCCUCUACAAUAAUGUCAGCAACUUCGCACGUCUCGCCAUCACGCUUGUACAUUUGAAGGAGUUCCAGGGUGCGGUCGACAGUGCCCGCAAAGCGAACUCGACACGUACAUGGAAGGAGGUUUGCUUCGCCUGCGUCGACGCGGGAGAGUUCCGACUGGCGCAGAUGUGUGGACUACACAUUGUUGUACACGCUGACGAACUCGAGGACCUCAUCAAUUACUACCAGGAUCGCGGCCACUUCGACGAGCUGAUCAGUCUGUUAGAAGCCGCUUUAGGAUUAGAACGCGCUCACAUGGGAAUGUUCACAGAGCUCGCCAUACUGUACUCCAAAUACAAGCCUGCCAAGAUGAGGGAGCAUCUCGAACUGUUCUGGUCACGAGUUAAUAUUCCUAAGGUUCUCCGUGCAGCGGAACAAGCCCACCUGUGGUCUGAGCUAGUGUUCCUGUACGACAAGUACGAGGAGUACGACAACGCGGCACUCACCAUGAUGCAGCAUCCCACCGAGGCGUGGCGCGAGGGACACUUCAAGGAUAUCAUCACCAAGGUUGCAAACAUGGAACUCUACUACAGAGCUAUCCAAUUCUACCUAGACUACAAGCCUCUCCUGCUGAAUGAUCUACUUCUAGUCCUGGCUCCUCGCAUGGACCAUACCAGAGCCGUCACAUUCUUCACCAAAGCUGGACAUCUCCAGCUCGUGAAGGCAUACCUCCGCUCCGUGCAGAGCUUGAACAACAAGGCUGUCAAUGAGGCACUCAACUCCUUGCUUAUUGAUGAGGAAGAUUACCAGGGUCUACGAACAUCGAUAGACGCGUUCGACAACUUCGACACGAUCGCGCUAGCACAGCAGCUCGAGAAACACGAACUCACCGAGUUCAGAAGAAUCGCCGCCUACUUAUACAAAGGUAACAACAGAUGGAAGCAGAGCGUGGAGCUGUGCAAGAAAGACGCGCUGUACGCGGACGCUAUGGAGUACGCGUCAGAGUCGCGCUCCGCUGAAGUUGCGGAGGAACUGCUCAACUGGUUCCUGGAGAGAGAUAACUAUGAGUGCUUCUCUGCUUGCCUCUACCAGUGUUACGACCUGCUGAAACCUGACGUGGUCAUCGAGUUGGCGUGGAGACAUAACAUCAUGGACUUCGCCAUGCCAUUCCUUAUCCAGACUGUCCGCGAGCUAACAACGAAGGUAGAGAAGCUGGAGGAGGCGGACGCCAAGCGCAGCACUGAGAGCGCCGAGCAUGAAGCUAAACCUGCCAUGAUCAUGGAACCACAACUUAUGCUCACUGCCGGUCCAUCGAUGCCGUACGCGGGAGUAGCAGCGCAACCUUCUCCGUACGCGUACGCGGCGCAGGCUCCGUCCCCGGCGCCCUACCACGGGUACGGCAUGUAGGGCGCCGGCGCCCCUCGCGGCUGGGGGCUCACACACUACUGAGCUGGCGCCGAGCGACCGCGCGACUACCUGCGCCACUAGUGCAUCAACAACAUAAAUGAAGUGUCUACAUACACUUAAACUAAACAGUCGUAACUCGGAACUAAACCGUUUGUCGCGAUGUUGAUAUUAUCCAAUGACAAACGAUGUCUCCUACAGCCUCAGUAUUUACGAUACGAACCAUGUAGUCACUCCAUUUGUCCAGUGGUGUCGCGACGGCCGCAGUGUCGCGUGAGUGCAGGCGUAUGUUAGUGCGGUAUAGUAAAGUAUCUCGCCGUAAGCCGCCGCGUCCUCUAUGCGCUCGCGACCGCCCCCUGCCGGCUUCGCGUAGGACUUAUGAACUAGCCUAAGUUUUCUACUCAAAGUGCGGGUUAUUUUUCUAUACGCCGAGGCCUAACGUUAUAGUGUUUCCUUUGCGUCCCAUGUAAAAAAAGUAUUAUGAUGACGGUCGAAAGUGCAUAGAGUAUAAAUUAUAAAAAGUUACGCGUAGUGUAGCCGUCGGGCCGAUACGUCAGAGGAUUAUUGUUAGCCUGUACAAAUUAUAUUAAUAUAUUUGAUUGCUACAUAGCUCUCAUUACAACAAAGUGCUUUAUUUUUUAAUCGUGUAUGAGAGUUAUAUAGAUAUCAUGGAAAUUGUCGCUUGCGAUUAAUAUUAACUUUGUUUAGAGCGGUCACUUAAACAUUAAUAUAUGUUACGCGAUUAUUAAUCGAAUAUUAAAUGUUCAGCAAUCAUGUACCUAUUGUGUGGAGGUGUAACGAGUAACGAGUUGUAGACUUGGUGUCAUUAAAUCUAUUCAAAACGUUCAUUAGCUAGUUAUUUAUAAAGACAUUCUCUUUACGUUGAUCGUAAUAAUGCAAUUCUAUUCUCUACAUCAAAUACUCUAACAAGUUUACUCGUUACAUCCCCACAAGUAUCUAAAAUUAGUUAAAGUAAUAUUGUAAAAUACUUGGUGUACUUUGGAGUAGUUGGCUGUUGUCACAGAAUUAGAAAGACCAAGAAGUAGUCCGUCAUGUGGUGCUUACACACGUUGGAAUCUCACAACCGGUAUCAAGACUCGUCAACUAGACAAUGCAAAAUAUAAUCGGGUGUGAAAUAAUGACGUGUAAGCAACCAAACCACCACUAGGUGCAUACGACAUGUAAUAUACGUAUAUGUACAUAGUGGAUACGACACCACAGAUAAUUAAAUUUAUUAAAAUAAAUAAUAUUCGAAAAAUUACAAUUGAAAUUAGAAAUUAGUAUAAAAUCUUUAUCAUUAUUAUUAUUAUUUUUUAUUUUUUGUUACUAAUCAGCAGUUAUAAUGAGGAUCACAUUUUUUUAUUAUGAAAAAUUGUGAGAUAUAGAAUCUAUGGGUAGACUGACAUUGUUUCACAUAUUCAGAUUAUAUGCCGUGCAAUAAAUUGAUUGAAACAAACAGAUACUGCAAAUUCAGUCUAUAUUAAUAUUGUUAUAUGUAUAUAAUGAGUUUGAUUCAUAUUAUGAGCCAGUUGAAAUUAUCUGAUUUAAAUAGAAGAGCAUUAUGUCCGUGUUGUUCUGCGGUAAAUGAAAUAUUUUCUAGAUACAUUUAGAUUUAGUUUAGGCGGAAUUAGUGGUAUGGAGUUAUUCUGUGUAAUGUUUGAACGUGUGAGAUUCGAGUACACGCGUGAUGCUUCACUUUGCGUUGUCGUAAGACAUUAUUGAUGCCUUCACUAGAUAAUUAAGUCAUGUGACCGGACACAUCACCGUUAGAGUAUUAGUGCCUGAGUCAACUACCAUCUCCCCGACUCACUGUUACAUCAUACUCACGGUUUCGAGUUGCAAAAUAUAAUCAUUGAUGUUAAAUGAUUCAUUCAAAUCAUUCCUAUCAUUUUAUCAAUAUAAUUCGGUACGGUCAUGUAUCAGUAACAUUGUUGAUUCGUUUACACUUUCUUUCUACUAAAAUAAAUUUUAUUAACUUAAAAUACAGAAAGAAAGUUCAUUGUUUACUAGCAUUGUAUUUAUUCAUGUAUGAUACUGUUUCCCUGAAAUUUAUUAUUGUAAGAUUAUAUUAUAUGAAUAAAUGAAAA